ACGCGGUAGUCGUACGUUUAACUUAACCCCCUUUCCCCCCCUUCCGUCCUCGCCAUUUUUUUUCUCUCUCUCUCUCUUUCUCGCUCUUCCUUUUCCUCGUUGUUGUUACUCCACGGCACGCGUCCGCUAAUUAUCGCGACAUCUUAUCGGUGUAAUUUGAAUUUCUUUUCUCAUUCCCCCGAUUUUUAUUUGUUCCACUCGAGGUUGUGUGGUCUGCGGUCGUACAGGAGAAUCAGUUAGUCGUAACGUUAGAUCAGCUCGAUCAUCCCUUUGUCUGGCUCUUCGACGUUCUCUCUCUCUCUCCCACUCCUUUUAUUCGUCUCACGUGGAUCGAAUGUUGAAUUUAUCAUACGAUUUUUAGCGCGGCAGAUUUAAUAUACGUUCAGUGCAUUGUGUGAUGUAUUAUACCUGUCCAUGAAGUAUAUUUGUAAUAUACUAUACAUUCCAGUCAUGCAGACCUCGGCUUCGUGCGCGAUUGAUAAUUUAACAUACUCAUAUAUAUUUUUUUUCCCAACCACCCAUGCAACGGGCUUAACGCGUCAAUUGUGAGUCCAGCCGCGUGGCUAUUGCAGCCGUGGUGUAGAUUUUUUUUAAUUUAUUUUACAUUUUGUGUGAUCCGAUGCUUCUCGUUCGUUUUAAAAUACACCAGUUCGUUUCAGUGAGCAGAAGAGCAUGUAGCGGACAGUGUACACGAGAUAAAGAAACCUGUAAUAUCGUGUUAUAAAAAAAAAGAAAAACAAAAAAAAGAAACGUGUAAACACAUCGAGAUGUAACAUACGUGUAUGAUACGUACGACCGGCGGAAGUGAGAUGUUCAUGGUGAGAGGAAAAGUAAGAUUAAACGCGGAGAAAAUAAGCCAAAGAUAUCGCAGCGUCUCGGCUGUGCGUAUACAUGUGUGUAAAAAAUAGAUCGCACCGACCAUAUUACGUGCGUGGUGUCGUAUGCGUGACAAAGAGUGGCAAACGACAAUAAUAAGAAUAACUAUACCGUGAUAAAUAAACGGACGAACAAAGGAAGGAAGGGAGAACCACGCCGCGGUGAUAGGGAAACGACGAACAUUAAACCCAACAAGUCAAAAGUGGCGUCCACGCCGCGACGCGAGGCUUCGGGUCACCGCGGCGGAAUCCGCGGGACCCGGCGCCGAGUAAACGGCGGAGGAUCGCUUUCUAGCCGCGGAUCGGCAACGGGGCUGCAAUGCGGUCUGUGCGCCGUUGUCGCCGGGCUGUUUCGUCGGGCGAUGUGCAUCGCCGGAAGCAGGCGAGGUUCCGGCGAGUCGUGCUACCAGGAACUCCCCUACGAGGGACCGAUUGUCCCCCAAAUUAUAACGGCGAUUCCACAGGCUCCCCUUCGAGUCAAAUCUGCUAGCGGAUCUCUCAGGGUGCAGAGUCCCAAGGAACCUCGGGAGAGACGGACGUCCGAAACUACCGUUGACAACACCACUCAAAAUGCCGCUCUCGUACGAGUUUCCGACGACGCCGUCGCGCCCGCUCUGUCUUCGGGCACGUCUCCGUCUCCGUCCCCGUCACCGUCGCCGGCUGUACCGGUUACCCACCGAGGAUCAACCACGAACACGUUUCGCCGGCUUUCCGACGUCGACAAGCUGCUUCUCGAAGCCAUGGACACCAGCCGGGAUAGGACAAGACACACUGGGAGGUUUUUAACGAUGCACAAACGGCGCCGCAAGCGAUUGACCACCAGGACUCUGAACCAAGACCCAGGCAUACUCGACGACAUAUUUCACGGGCAAGUACAGUGCCUGCUUCAAAAGUCUGGUAACUGGAGGUUCAACGCGUUUACCUUGGAGACGGUGACUGGAGGUCGAUCCUUGCCGGUACUCUGCGUUCAUCUCUUUCAUUGGUACGGCCUCCUCGAACACUUCCAGCUCGAUGUUGUCAGAGUAUGGAAAUUAUUCAAUCUAAUUGAUGAAGGCUACCACAGUACAAACCCUUACCACAAUAGUAUACAUGCGACCGACGUUACACAGGCUAUGCAUUGUUUCCUCCAGGAAGAGAAGAUAAGAAAACACUUGAGUCAUUUGGAAAUAAUGGCAUCCUUAAUUGGAGCUGUGACGCACGAUUUGGAUCAUCCAGGUGUUAAUCAGCCAUUUUUGGUUGCCACGAGUAAUCAUCUCGCUGCGCUUUACGAAAAUACGUCGGUGUUGGAAAAUCACCAUUGGAGAUCAGCUAUAGGCUGCUUAUUGGAAAGUGGGGUUUCGGAACAGUUGGAACCAGAACUUAGACCAGAGUUAGAGAGACAUAUCAGCUCACUAAUUUUGGCUACAGACAUUACAAGACAACAAGAAUUUCUCACCAGAUUCAAACGAUAUCUGGACCAAAACCUUCUCGACAUGAGUAGGAGUGAAGACCGGCACUUCAUCCUCCAAAUAGCACUAAAGUGCGCGGACAUUUCAAAUCCAUGUCGACCAUGGGAUAUCUCUCGAAAGUGGUCGCACAAAGUUUGCGAGGAGUUCUUCCGCCAGGGAGACUACGAACGAAAAUUGAACCUGCCAGUAACUCCACUGUGCGACAGACAUACAACAAGUAUAUCAAAAAUCCAAGCCGGUUUCUUCAAGUUUGUAGUAACACCAUUAUUUGAAGAAUGGCAUAGAUUUUUGGGUACUGCAUUGAGUGUCAAUCUUAUGGAUUAUUUGAAAGGCAAUCAAACGAGGUGGGAGGCUCUGAUACAGCAGGAGGCAGCCGAAGAAACAAAGACGGAAAUCUCUGAACUCGAAGACAUUGACAACGCCCUCAGCUCGGAGGAUGAAGAUCUGGCCGAAGACUCUGGAAGCAUCGAUUUACUACUGCCGGAUGCUUCCUCGUCGAGGAGGCCCAGUUUACCCGGAAAAGUGGACACCGAACGUGUCGGACGAAGGCAUUCUGUGCCAUUGAGUGUUCCAAAACUACUGCCAAUCUCGCGGACCAUUAUCAGGAGAGAAAGCCUACCGACGGAGCAGAAGAAGCUUAAAACUCCGCUUGUCAAACUGGAAGAUCAAACGAUGCUUGGUCGCAGUUCACUGUCGUUGUUGUCCUCGAAAAGCAGCCUUCACUCAUCUGCUGCGCGCAGUAGCGAACGGCCUGUUAGCGCGGAAAAUUUACUACCCGAACCCAGCAUAGCAAGCAUAACAAACAGCACGGAGGCCUCCAGAUUGAGCACCGUGUUACAGCCAGAUCAGAAAUUAUCCAGCCAGACGAAACAGUUGACCAGGCAACAAACAUUCCCGCCUCUACAGCCUUACGUGCGAAUGAGGUACAUGUCGACAACUGCAGAAAUGUCCCAGUGCUCCGAGGCCCUAAUCGAAGCCGACAGUCUUUCAAGUUCAACUCCGAGCCCUACUAAGGACAGAUCUUAUACAGAUGGGCAGUGCAGUACACCUCUUGAAUCGCCCGUGCCCUGUAACAGUAAAGACUCGAGCAGACGAUCCAGCGCCACUUUCAAUGCUGCUAGAAUACAGAAGAGAGAAUCUAACUCUUCCGAAGCAUCGAUUAAGAGACGAGGAUCCGCGAUGCCGGAUCUCAUGAGGAAACUUGAUACCAAUACGCUGAGUCCAGAGUGUGCCAGACGACAUUCGAUGCAGCUCGUUGGUUCUUCGCUCUCCAUUAAAAAGACUAGUCAAAAAUCUUCCACUUUGACCUUGGAUGUUUGCGAUAGACGGAAAUCUGUCGAAACUGAAUCAGAGUCUGCGGAUUUGCCACAUCCCGAAGGUACAAUAAUUACUUUGGAGGUCAAGUCAGGGCCAAAUAUUUGUAAAACGUACUCUCAUAACGAGAGAAGUUCUCCAGAAACUGGAAAUACUACCGAUCUGGCAGUUGGUGUCGAUUCUGUUGUCGUGGAAUCCUGCUAUAGCGAUACGAAAUUAUUGUGCAAUUCGACGAGACGAUUUUCAAUACCAGUGAUAGACUUAACGAAGAAUGAUAGUCAGAUUAACAGACGGUUUAGUGCGGUACCAAUUUCAUCUGACAGUGCACAUAGGGCGUUCUUCGUUGGUACGCCACCCGAUUCUCCACCCCGUGUUCUUAGUGGUUCAAGCGAUAGUGGCAGUGAACCGCGGAGAAGUGUCAGUGAUUCGACGAAUGAUGGUGUUUCUGUAGGCAACAAGAGAGAUUCGGAAACUGGGAAGGACAAAGGAGCCAAAGUUCUUAAACUCAGCGUGGAACCAGAAAUGAAGGAGAACGUAGACCCGAGAUGUGGCGACGAUGGAAGAACACUAUCAACAAGUAGGCGAUCUAACCAGGGACUCGCGAGGAGGCGAAGUUCAGCCCCAGUUGGCCUUUUGUCAAAGUUAGAUGACGUCUCAAUGCUGGCGUUAGCACCACGUGGGGAUCGUUAUUCUAGGCGAGGCUCCGUCCCGACCGAUAUGACCAGGCACCAAAAUGGAGGAUCCAACAGAUCAGCGUUGGGUGCGCAAGAAGAAAAUGAAUCCUCCCCUCGAAGAGCUAGUUUACCGCAAGACUCUGUAUUGGAUGGCCUUUUGGACAAUGUUUUCUUUCCGAUGUGUGAAGAAGCAGACUGUCCCAACAAUAACAACGCUUCGACCCAUGUAAUCGAAGCACCGCUUCCUAUCACUGGGAUGCCGUCGCUGAGACGUGGCUCUGUACCUGCCGACAUAUCGGAACUCCGACGUGAGAUGUACAACAGAAACAGUGUGAAUGGCAAAUCAAGAAAUCGAAAGAAGGUUCUACGUCGAAGAAGCAGUGGCGGACCUGAAAUGUUUGCUGGCGGUAUGGAUGUGGCUGAAAGUGCUGCCUGGAUUCGAUGGAAAAGAGAUAUUGGCAGGAAAGAAUCGAUUCCAGAACCUGCAACAAAAAGGAGAGGCUCCUUACCUAUCGAUAUGGUAGCCAUAUCACAUGCUGGAUCUGUACCUAUGCCGAGAAAAUCCAGCCUGUGGAGACUUUAGCAAAGAACAGAUAUCCCUGAACCAUCUUCAACAGUAAUGCCCAAUAUAAAGGCAACAUCAGUCGGCCAUAAACUAAAACAACUGACGCCCAGUUCAAGCAGCAGUAGCGAUGGAUGAUCAGGUUGAUCAGUAUUUGAAAAAAAUGUUAUGUGUCUCGACAUGAUCAAUUAUUCGAAAUAUUGGAUACUGUCGAUACUACGAUAGUGUGGUAGCUUCUCUACUCGCAUCUCUACUCAUUUAUUCGGUACGUAACGACAUUACCAGUCACUAAUUGAUGAUGAAAAAAGAAACAAAAAGGUCUAUCGAAGUCUUGCAAUUGAUUCAUACACACGUAACAUUAUAUAAUACUAUGGUUAGUCAAUAGGUAAGAGUCUCGAGCCCAUGACAUAUAGUUUCGUCUGACAAACAGAUCAUAAUUGAACUGUGAAAUUUUCCAUUUACUUUGACUGACUGAAUGGAAUCAUUUAUGAAUUCAGAUAAUAACAACCUCCGCAAUUAAUUACGCUUGUUGUGCGUAUUGUUUAUGUGGGUAAUGUUUGUCACAGAAGUUAUACUGUCUUCACAUGCUCACUGUUAUCUUGUUUAUACGAAUAGCAUUCAAUGAUUAAUGUAUAGAAAGAAAAUAAGCUGUCGGCAUACUAGCGUCUAAUUUUAUUGAUGCAAAUUAGUCACAUGUCAUGAUAAUCAUGUCAUAAAUACAUAAAAAUAAUGUAACUUAAAAUAUGUUUACAAAUUAUGAUGUAUGAAAGACAUAGGUUAAAACGUGCAUAGGAGGAAGAACAUAUUUCAUACGACUAUGUCCUUUCUUCUAUUCUGUCAAAAAGAAUAACUCAAUUUAAGUACAAAUUAUUAUGUUGUUUGAUUCAUUAAAACAUGAUGUGAAAUGUUAUCGACAAGGCGGUACCAAUUAAUAUAAUAUCAGUAACUUAUGUUCGUAUGUGAAUGAAGAUAGUGAAAUUCGUUACAGAUAGGCCAGGAUAGUCUACGCUCGUGAUUCAAAAGCAAUGUGCUUGAGCUGAAUAAACAAAACAAUUGAAGAAAGUAUCAUAGAACGAAACCCUUUUAAUUAAGUCUUCCGUUUGUUAAUCUGGAAUGAUAUGAAUGAUGAAUCAAAUUAUGCCAAAUUUUUUUGUGCCAUAAUAUAAAAGUUUGAAACAAAGAUCGAUUCAGCUUACGGUUCAAGCUAUUGAGUGAAAAUUGGUUGAGAAAAACCAAACCUAAAAUAAAAAGAAAUGAAAACAGGGUUCAUAAUGACGAUUGUUAGUAAUUAAAUUGCCUAGGUAUGGAGAAGGAGAAAAGACUGGUAGAAACAAAACUGUGGCUGUAGAGCUAGAAAUUAAUAACAAAAAAAGAACAUUGUUCAAAACAAAUAAUUUGAAUUGACAUUUGCUCAUGACUAGGAAUUCUAUUUCUGGACGGCAAAAUCUACAAAAGAAAUUAAUCUAAUACUUAUUGGAAAAUAUAAUGUGGUCGACUGAAUGAGUGCCAUUCUUUUUAUUUAAAUAAUAUAAUGCCAAUGUACACUUAUCACAUCUCGCAAUACGAAGAUUAUUAAAUGCGUGACUGAUGUGUAAUUUCAUAUAACGUUUUAGUUUUGUGAUUGUAAAAACAGUAAUAUUCGACAGCUUUGUACUUGAUGUAGAUAUAAUUAUUCUCUUCAAACGUUUGUAUAAAUUGUAUUUCGUUCAUUGAGGGUUGAAUAUUCUUUGUUUCCACUUAGCUUUCCGUUCUUAGAUGCGAAGCAAUAAAAUACUAAUAUUUCACUCGUACCAUGGGAAUCUUUCGAAAUGGACUUUUCGAAUUAUUCGAAGUGAUUGCACAUCUUCAAUUAACCGCUGCAAAUUGAGAACCAAGGAGCUAUUCACUCUCAAGUAUACUCGCUUCUUAACUAUCAUGAGGCACAGUGAAACUUCUCUUAACAAUCACCUACCAACAACGGAUUUCUUUUUACAACGGACAGUCUAAAAAUCUCUAGAAGCACAAUUUACACGUUAAUAUUGUUCUGAAUAACGGAGACUCCUCACUAACGGACAAUAUUCUUAGUCCCGAAGAUGUCGUCGGGAAGUUUCACUGUAGGAAAAGGUGAGUAUACUCGGGAUUGAAUAGCCCCUCGUUAAGCACAGCAUGUGCAAACGUACAAGUUUCAAAAGAUCCUCUCUGUAUACGUAUGUUUACAUAUAAAAUAGGUAUAUUAUAUAUUUUACUACUUGAAUUAUAUACAUUACAUACGUUGUGUUCACAAAAUGAGAUGAUUGAAAGUAAUUCACACGUCAUACGUGAAAAAUAUGAGUGAUUGUUAACGGAUGGCUGAAAUGCGUGUCUCAUUCAGGAGGCCGAUUAAAUUAUUUCCUAUAAAAAAUUUCUUUGAACUAUAAACUCUUCAUAAAUUAAAAUAUGCUCAGCCCUAAACGAUACUUUCUAUCAAAAAUUCCGAAAUCGAUGUUUUAGAAAUUAACAGACAUUCCAUGCGAGGGGUUAGAUGUUAUGGAGAUAUUACAACAUUAAUCUUACAUUAAAUAUCGCGAAAGCGUUAAUAGGUCUAAUAAAUUAUUUUAACUGUUGAAUAUAUAAUUUUAACCUCGGAUUAUAGAUAACUAAACACAUUAUUUCGGAUGGAUCGUUAUUAUUUUUGAUUACGUCAGUUAACAGUGAUCAAGUUGUAAGUGUUGAGAACCUGAGCCAGUCAUUGAACUAUUUAAGGCAUUUUUUAUCGAGUGCUAUAGGAACCAAAUGAUAUCAAGGAACAAUUUACCCGACACACACGAUGCUAUUGCUUUAGUGAAUCUAGGUACCUAUGACAGCUCGCCUAAUAAUGCCUUCAUAGUUAGAAUUAAUUUGAUAAAAAAUUUAAAUUAGUCUAUAGGCUAGGCUGCUUACAAUAAUUUAACCUAACAACGACUGAGUUGUUUUUAAUUCAUAAGCUAGUGCGCAUACACAGAAAUUUUACUUAUUAAUUUCAACAAUUGUAAACUUUAAAUAAUGAUUCUAAUAGCCAAUGUAAUUGAUGAGCAAUCUCUUUUAUUAUUUGUUCCAUGAAAGAAAGGCAACUGAGUUUUAUCAAUUAUUGUAACAACGACUAGAUUCAUAUAUUGCACGUUAGCUAGAGGUAGCCAAUGACAUGCAAGCUUCGAAGAGCACGGAGAAUACUUUUUCUUCAAUCUCUCAUCUGAUUGGUCCACUCGUAUUUAAUCAUUUCUAUUUCAACUUCGCUGUAAACAUAAUGAAUAUUCAAUUUGCGAAUAAUUAUCUAAUACAAAAAUCUAUACACGCAAUAUUAUGAAAAUAUAGCAAAGCAAAAAGCUUGAUCCGUUACAUUUUUCAAACCAGCUAGCCAACAGUCGACAAGCCACUGUUUCGUAACGUAAUGAUUAAAACCGGUUGAGAGCAUUAUACCAUGUUACUCCAAUCUUUGCUUCUCUGCACAAGAUUCGAUCAGGUAAAUUUGGCAUUUAUGCGUCUGUGUUGUUUUGUUUACGGUACAAUAUUGAUUUUUAUACUAUUCCGCCUUCAUUAUUAUUAUCUUUAUUAUUAUCGACGUGGAAAUUUAUAGUAAACUCUAUUCAAACAGCCAGAAAGUAAAGAAAAAAAAUAAUUAUCUGAUAAGCAAGAAUGAAAACAUGAAUUUAAAAAAUAUGAUAACAUUGUGUGUGUGAGUUGUGAGCGUGUGUCUGUCGACGUAGUAUAUUUAUGAACGUACAUUUCUCAAGAAGAUAGUCAAUCUUCAUAAACUAUCACCAAAACUUGAGCCCUCUAAUUUGAUGUUGAUAAUCAAUUAUCCUGCUAUUGUUUUAAGACAUACUCAAAUACUGAGUUAAUCUUUCAACUCAAUAGGUAGCAUCUGAUAUCAAUAUCAUAACAAUCGUAGAAUUGGUUAUUAAACAUACGUACCCUCCACGCAUGGUCAAAGAUACGACUUGUCCGAGUUUAACAUUAUUGCCUUAGUGCCCUCUUCAUUACUUGUUUUUGGCGACUACCGAAUAAAUUCAUGCCACAUCUUGUUUUCACCUUGGUAGUAAUACUUCCGUGCCUUGGGUGGAAAGCACGUUCACGAUUAAACUCCAUUUACAGUUGUAUGUAUGGUUUCACCGUAAAACAAGGAAGUAUGUGUAGAUAUGUACUCUGAUAUUUACCGUUAACGUGUUACCUAGACUAAGGCUCCUAGUCUUUCGAAUUCGUACAGCGAUUUAUAAAAGAAGUAAAAUGAAGGGGGGAAAAAAAUUAGUCUAUCAUUUGCUGUCGGAAAGUUUGCGAAAUAAUACACAAACAGACCAAAAAAGGCGGGACUAACCAGUAAAUGAUUAUUGAUAAGUGUGCUGUAAUAACAGAUACGAAUUCUUUAUUCUAUAAGUAAACGCUAUAUGAACAAUUUAAGACUCUUAUCCAACAGUAAUCUGCUAUAAUUAACUUCUAAGGCAGGUGUAGCGUUUCGAUUAAAAUCGAACUUAUUUAAAACUCUCGAGUAACCGGAACUCUCUGCUAAUCUAUUGGUACUGUGUACUUGUAAUAUACCAUUUUCUAUCCAAACAACUAAAAGAUGAUAAAAUAAUAAUAAGAUAAUAUUAAAAAAACGUUUUACCAUGUGUGUAUCAUGUUAUUAUUGUUGUUAUUGUUGUUAUUAUUAUUAUUAUUAUUAUUAGCAUUAUCAUCAUCAUCACCAUCAUGACUAUUCUUGUGAUUAUUAGUGUAACAUUUUUAAACAUAAUCAGGUACGUGUGACUUCAUGUAGCUUGAAAGUAACAGCUGUUGAUAUAAAAUAUUGUGGAUAAUUUGGGAUGAAAUGAUUGAUGGUCAUUAAAUCAUAAUGUUUACAUAAUAGCUUGUGUGAUGUUUUUCGGUUUACCGGCGAAAUCUUUGAGAAAAUCUUUGUCGCUUCUGAUCUUCAAUUUUGACAGAUACUAAAAACAACCAGAAAAAAAGUAUGAAAAAAAAUAAUUGCGCACAAUCCGCAGUAUUGGAAAUGUCAAUUAAAACUGAACGUAUAUGUAUUCGGUCUGUUUGAAUUAAAAUAAUUACUGUGUAUUUUAUAUAAUAUUGAUUGUAGGUAGCAGUUGAAUCGGUCAUAAUUGAACAAUGUGUUUUCGUAAUUACUAAGUAUCACUGCGUUAUGCAAUUAUAAAUCAUGACAUGGACGAGAGUAUAAAGUUAUACUGGCUGAAACGGCCUACGUAUGUAUUGUACAGACACUUCUUUGUCGUACAUACAUACACACCGUACGAUUACCUAUAGUUCAAACAAUCGUAGCAGCGUAUUGGCAUUAAAUCGGCGUAUAUUAUUUCUACUUAGUUACGUUUUAUUUAUUUUAUACAUUAUGUGUGUCGCUGUUCAUAAAUCACCGUAUACACGUACAUAAAUAUAUAUUAUACAUAUAUUAUAAAUAUUAAUAUUAUAGAUAUAAACCGCGAAAGAAGUGUGAACCCGUUUUCUUUAUUAAAACAGUUUGUGAAAAUAUUACAAGCUUAUUGCUUAUAACCUCGGAAGUCAUUUCCAAUAAAGUUCCUUUACUUCCCAUUAUAUCAACUCAUGCUAUUUACAGAACUACACUCGACCCAAAAAAAUUUCAAAUAUAUUUGUUGUACUCAAUCUUUUGAAUGAAAAAUUACUUCACUCGUUAUUUAAAAUAAGGAAGUGUGCUGUAGAAACCUGUUAAAUAUAAAUAAUUUUAUCUCUCAA